GCAAGAUCUUUUGGCGUGAACACCAGCACUUACGAUUACCCAUCCAACGAUCAAAUGGAACCAUGCAAAUAGUGGGUCAUCAAAUCUCUCGUGAAGAACUUGGAAGAAGAAUUUCAUUAUUUCCAACUUCCAAUAAACAGUAUAUGGUCUUCAUUGACUCAACGAGCAGCAGCUGCAAGACUCGAUUAGUUCGUUGCCGCGUUAAAAGAAUUGGAUAUGCUCUUUUAGAUAGAUUUGGUGCGGAAAUUGGCUGUCAUAUUCAACGCACAAUUCCUGAACUUCAUCAUGUCGACAACUAUAAUUGGUAUUUUGUUAAGAUGUCCACCACUGAAGAGUUUGAUUAUGAUAAAAUUAUUCAAAAUUCUUGUCUCAUUUCUCCUAUCUCUACUAAACCUUUGUCAGGUGGACAGAUUUGA